AUGUACCCUACAAGGUCCUGCUACUGUGCUUCAAUUUCAAAGAGAGGGACUAUAGCUUUUUCUUGCUCUCAUAAGCGGGAGUUGCAUUUAUCAGGCCACUAUGUACAUAAUUGCUUAAGAAAAUGCGCACUUAUAUCAAGGAAUAGGCUGGAAAACAUGUGGUUCUACUAUAGAGAGCCUGGUUGGAGAUGGCCUCGUAUUUAUCAUCACAACAAGUUUCACCAGAGAAAAUUUCGGAUACAUGCUGAACUUGAAGUAGCCAGUGCAAUUGAUGUAAUCAAUGACUUAGGACUGGACACCCUUACAUUCUUGGCAGUGACAGUCAUUGUCGUUCCUGCAUUCAGGUUCCUCAAAGCAAGCCCAGUAAGUAAACUAUUCUGCAUCGGUUUUGUUUGGAAUAGUCUCAUAUUACUGAUUAUAAAAAUAAACUUUUGGAUAUGUAAUCAACUCCAUUCAUUGCUUAUCGGUUUUAAGUCGUAUAGCCUUUUAGCUCUAAUUUGGCAUGAGAGCUAGUGGCUACCCUUUAGGAUGAGAGUAGCCCUUCUAGUCGUUCACGUGGGAGGAUGUGUUAAGAAUAAUCCUGUAUUUAUUAUUAUAAAAAUGAGCUCGUGAAUAUAAAAUCUUUUAGGUUGGAUGGCUUGACAACUUUAACAGCAUUCGUGAAUAUUUAUUAUUUAUUAUUACCGAUCCUUUAUGGGAUGUCAAUGAGUUCUGGCGAAUUCAUUGACAUCCCAUAAAGGACCGGCAAUCCGGGGAAGGAGGUUUUCUCCUUGGAUGUAAUACAGUCUGUGUAAUCGUACAAUACAUAUACUUCGUUUAUACUUGAUUUUUCUUGAACGCAAUAGAAAGGAAUAAAAAAGGAGAUGACGAGAAAGAGGGUUGGAAGAGAUGUUGUCCCUUCUUAGACUUCCUAUGGUUCACAUAUUUCUGAAUGUUGGCACUCACCCAAAGUGAAGUUGAUUAUCAUCAACAACAUUGGCAACACAUGGAUUAGUAGCGGGACCAAAAGCUAUCUAAUGUUAAUAUCAGUUGUCAUCAACUUGAGAUUGUGAAGAUAAGAUGAAAUGGAUCCACUACAGACGGAGAUAAAAAUUGGUUACCAGCAUAUCAAAAUACAAUUAUGAAAAACAUUAUGUUUACUGAAAAUGCAAAAUUCUUAUGGUUGGUCUUUUCGCAAGUAAUGCCAACUAUUUUUCAGUUACCUUUUCUAUAUUCCGCCUCAUAUAACGUACCUUUCAGUUACUACCAUAUUUGUGAGCGGACAGCAGUAGCUGUGACAACACUUCAUGGUUGUUGUUCUUGAAAUACAUUAAUACAUUCUGUCUGAGUGACCGCUCAGCUCUUGAAGACAUUUGCCAUCAUGAACAGUUAGUUCAUUAUUGGUGAAAUCUGGAACAGAUUCGUAAUCCGAAAUUGGAAUGGUGUCGUCAGGCUUAAAAAUUGUUGACUUUAAAUCACCAUAUGCCCUCAAAAGUAUUUCAAGCUCGCUAGAUAUUCGAAGGGUCGCCCUCAUACUAUUACUGUAACCCUAGUUUUAAGGAAAUAGGUGUAGUAAAUUUGUGACAAGUUUUGCUUACGAUCUUCUUGCGCUGGCUUCUUGCAGAUUUUAGGUUUCUUUUGUGCAGGAGUAAUAUUGAAUCAGUUUGGCCUCAUUCGAAAUCUCACAGAUGUGAAAGUUCUCUCCGAAUGGGGGAUUCUUUUCUUGGUAUGUCUGAGCUUCAAAUUUAUAGUCCUUUUAGUGCUUAUUAUUUCGUUUCUACAUAUCUUUUUUGUCCUUGUAUGCUGGUUGUAUAGCCUGGGAUGACUUGAAAUUGGGUUCCAUUUUUGGUAGUUCAUCCUAGAUUGUAUGCUGGUAUGGCUUGAAAUGCUGGUUGUAUAGACAGGAGAACACCAAAUGGGAUAUCUCUUUGUUUACUUUCUACGAUGCCAGUUUUUUUCUAUUGCCAAACUUAUGUUCUUGUAAGUUGAUUGGAUAUGGUUUAACCGAUUCUGACAUUUUUUUGAGCAAGGUUUUCUUAGUCUUUAUUGUGCAGAGACAGGGAAACCUAAAAAGUGUCUGUCAGACCAUGCCUACUUGGUAUGACUUGAUGGGUAGUCUAGUCAGUUCUGCAUUUGCCUGUUUUAGUUAUUCGCUCUUUGGUGUGACUAAGUCUAGUCAGUGCUGCUCUCUUCUUUUGUUGAUUUUAUGGUGUUAGUGUGAAUCCUAUUUUCAAUUCUUCGUCUAGUAAAUAGACUAGGGGUUUUGUGUGAAUUAAAAUGAGAUUUAUAUUACAAUAUCCUCAAUUAUUAGAUACAUUAAUGCAAAUAGAAAUAAUGUGGGCAUAAGCUAGGGUUUGAGUCCUUUUGCUUAGGGUGAAGGAAUCCAAUGAGUAUGGUACGUGCAGAAAUAGUAAUGAUCUAGAGAGUAAGUGGAGAGAUCAUUGUGGGCUCCUCCAGACGUAUGCAUGCAAAAGAAGCAGGAUAAGAUUUCUUGAAAAAUUCUACCUUUCUAGAGGCUUUCAUGUACUGGGCUUGUUUAAGAAUUCUUCUAUUUAAUGGAGUUUUUGAUUCUUGAGAUUGGAUUUUUCUCAUGGAUUUGAGAGUUUUAAACCAUCUUUAUGUUUAACAGUCUAUCGAGAAAAUAUUGUUUGAAGACUGUUGAUUUAGAAUCUAUGACAACAACAUACUAAUGCCAAUUAAUAAAGACUCAAGUGAUGGAAACUUAGUUUUUAUGGCACUGGGAUGUUGUAAUAUUAGUAAUUAGCCUUGUCCUUCAAAAGUUGUGAAUUUGACCAUUCCUUUUCGUUGAAUAUGAUUUGCCCUUGAGUCAAAUAUGAUUUUUUUAUUGUUCUGUUUAAUAAUUGAUUGUUUAUUUUAACUGAAGGGCAUUAAAUAGAUGUUUAUCUGAUGGUGAGGUAAUCAGAUCAAUAAAAAGUGGUCCUUGGGGUGCUCAUCUUCACAUAUGAAUAGGAAAAGACUGUUGACUUUCAUUAAUUCUGAUAUUAUUUAUUAGUCAGCGAGAUAAACCUCACCUUUGAGAUUCUUCAUAGAAAGCUUUGGAAAUUAGGUUCACAAAUCUUGGGUUGAGGUUUGGUUGGCUGUGUUUUUCGAUUUCUUUCAUGCAUAUGAUGAGUCAACACACAUUGGUAAGUUUUGACACUUUUGUUCACUUUGAAUUUAUUGAAUGUUAGGUCUACUUUGUAUAUUAUGAUUUCAAUUCUAUAGGCAAGUUGUGGGCAAUUUUUGUGGGUUGUUAGUACCCUUGUUUCAUUUUAAAAUAGACCACAGGUCGACUUUGUGGAUUAAACUUCUGUCUCUGCAUGUGUUACCCACUUAGUCGAUCCUUAAGUAGUAAAUUUUAACUUCAUGUUUCGAGUCCAAUUUUGAUAUGUACGAUUGGAAAAGUAUUAAAUUAUUUAUAUUAAAAAUAUUUUGUCACAUCAAAAGUGGAGAGAACCAUUUUAGUCAUCUUUUUUUAGACCUGUGCCUAUUGUUCCGUUUGCAAGAUUUUGACUUUAGAUUGCUAAAAAGUUACUAUCUUUUGAAUUCACUUUAGUUUUGUAUUAUGAGAUUGACCGAAACUUUUGACAUUCUAGGUCAAGUUGGUGUUUUCUAGAUGUCGCUCACAGAAUACAGGAGAGAUUUUAAUUUUGAAUUUUCUCAGCUUUUGAUAGAUAUAUUAUUCUUGCAUGAUAUACGCCACUUGCUAUUAAACUUGGAAUUUUAUAUAUUGGAUUUAACAUUCCUAGCAAUUCUACAAUGUUUGUCCUCAGCUCUUUGAGAUGGGUUUGGAGCUUUCAUUAGCACGUUUGAGAGCACUAGCGAAAUUUGCAUUUGGCUUGGGGCUUUCUCAGGUUUGCACUUGCAAGUCUAGUCCAUUGACUGUACUUUUUAUCAAAGUUCAAGAUUUCCUUUCCACGGCAUGCAUUUUAUUCCUGAAAUUUCUACUUUCUAUCCGCAUUACUUCGAUCAUUGAUACUUAUAAAAAUCUUCUUUUUUGCAUUGAUAGUUGCAGAUUUCUCUUAGAGUUUGGUUGAAUUCGUGGCAAGUUAAUUUAUGAUUUGAUUGUGGACUCAUCGCAGAGUUCACAUGGGGUCAUCUUCUUUUAGAUGAAUAUUUAACCUCACCUAUACAAUAUGGCUAGCCUUAAAAAUAGUAAGUAGAUGUACAUGUGAGGGAUGAUCUAUCAUCCUCAUGCUCUGGCAGCAUUUCUUUUUCACAUUUCAGUUUUGAUGACAUCUUCAGAUGCAAAACUCUGAGAUUCAAAUUAUCUAUGAGUGAAAUGUUUUGAACAUAUAAUCAAUGUUAACUCUGCGUCAAAAUUCUGUCCAAUUGUUAGACCUUCGUGCUUCCGGAGUUUCAAAACCUGUUGAAAUAGCUAUGAUUGUUCUUGAUGCAGGUUUUUGACUACUAUUCUUUAACCUGAUAUCGUGUUCCUUAAUAAUGAUGAAAUUAAUGGACAUGGGAUACUUAUUUAAUUGAAAUUUUUCCUUGAAUUCAUCCAAGGCUGGAGAGAAAAAUGUCAUUUUUUCCUCAUCAAAUUUUUAAUUCAUUUUUACACGUCUGUAACUACUUAAUUGCUGAGCGUCGAUGAUGGAGUUCCAUGAAAAUAUUUACAAUAUUGAUGAUGUAACAGUCAACCUUUACAAUCUUUGUAUCGUCCUGUUGUUUUGGCCAUUGAUUUUUCAUUUUUCUAUGUGAAUAAGCAUAAAAUAUCCUAAAGUAUGUUGGUUUAAUCUAACUACUUAAGAAACAACUUUAAUAAAGUGCUGAAUAAAAAUGCCAAAUGAAUCUUCCAAAAAUCAUAUGAUCCUCCUGCUUUGUUUACCAACAAUAAAUAUCCCUAUGGACUUGGGUUAUUUGUCAAUCGUAUGAUCCUGAAAAAUCGGAUUAAAAUUGCAACAGCUUUGUCAGCCUUUGUUUCAUAGAUGAAAUGAGAAAACUCUCGUUCUUCUCUUGUGCCCAUGCAUCACUACUUGAGCUGUGACCGUAUGAUGAACCCUUUUUCCAUUUUCUUCUUCCGGUAACCUGUUAUCUUGCUGCAGCUCAGCCGUAUAUUUUUGUAUCAAUACACAACUUGGGGGAUAACUAUAAAGUUCUUCAUGAUGGAAAAAAUUCAAGGUCUACAGAUCAUGAGGCUUCAAUAUACGCAUAUAUACUUUUAAUCUCAAGUACCAUGAGAUUUUGGGUAAUGCUGGACGUGGCUAAAAUUAACUGAUAUCAUAAACUUGGCUUUGCAAAAAAAAAAAAAACGUAAAUGGCUCCUCUUAGUCUUUGUUAUGUUCUGGAGCUGAAUUUAAAUGCUCAUCCUUUUAUUCUCUUUAUUUCUUUGAAUUGUAAUGCUUAGCAGCAGUUCUGCCUAAUGUAGACGAGUCUAUUAAUCCUGUAACUUCUCUGAGCUUUGCAGGUCGUGCUGUCUACUCUUGCCUUUACGGCAUUUGAACUCCCUCCAAAUGGAGCUAUUGGAACAAAAGUGUUGGAGUUCCUUUUUCAUUCAAGGCCUGAUCUGGUAGUUAUUAUUAUAUUUUAUAUCCGGCCAAAAGAUGUUUAGAUAUGUGUAACUGUCGUAUUGAAAAAGUACAUCUUCAUAUUAAUCUGUGAUACUUGUUACCAUGAACAAAAUGAAGGUUUGCGCUGCUAUUCAGUUCCCAUUUCGUUUAUUGUAAAGUUCAGUCAUCGUGCUAUUCAUUUGGAGUAAAAACAAGGGUGGAUGUAGAGUCUCACAAACUCUACUUGAAGAUCUGGUUCUGCUAACUGUGUUUCAGUUUUGUAACUUCUUACGGAUCAAUCAUAUAUUGCUGGGCUGUGAUAGAAAACUGUUUGAAAAUUAGGUUAACGAUUGUAUGAUACCUCGCAUUUAUUACUACUGUAGUACUGGUAUUACCUAUUGGCGUGAACAUCAUUGUUGAGGUUAAUCUGUGUAAAGGAUCCUGAAUGGUUGAUGGUUGAUGCUUCAUUUGGAAAAUAGCAGUACUUAGAAUGGAAGCAGGUGGAAGCAGGUGAACUCUUGAGUUGUAACGCUAUGGUGGAAUAAUGCGUGCGCUGAAAUAAAUUGUCCAAUAUUGCUAGGCGCAUGUUAUUGUCAGGUAGAGUAAUGGAAAAGGAGCCAUGGAUGUUCUGUUAGGAAUCUUAAGACUUUGUUUUGCUUCACAACGUUCUGAUACGAACAUUGCAUUAGGUACACACAUGUUUAUGGUGCCUGCAGUAUGCUUUACCUCAUUGUCUCUCUAUUUUUUUUCGUUUUAUACUUAUUUAAGGCAGGUUUGCACGCAUGAAAAAGAAUACUUUUCUUAAUAUUUCUGAUUGUGCAAGCGACAAUUCCUGCUGAAAAUCCCUUUUUGUUAACAUUCUGUAAUAAAGACUAAAAAAAUAUUCCCUUUUUGAGGAAUUUGUUGCCAGAUCUCGGCAGAUACUUUCUAUAAAAUGUCUCCUUUAUGUAAAGUUUUGUUGCACGAAGAAAGGUUAUCAUUUUGGGCAAGGCCAUUGGCAGAUAUUCACAUUUGAGUGAAUGCAGGUGAAUAUCAGAAGUGUUGAUGAAGCCAUUGUAAUUGGGGCUGCCCUGUCGUUGUCUUCGUCGGCUUUUGUGCUACAGGUUGGGCCAUCACAUCUGACCAGUAUUAGUUUUUAUCCGCAGCAGAUUUCUGCUGUUGUCUUUAUUUAAUCUUAAAUUAGUUGUCUCUGUCGUAGUAGCUCUGAAAGGGGAUCUGUGUGAAGUGAAUUUUCAUUUUUCAUUCUUUUGGGAGUUAUAUUGUAUUUCCUGCAUAUUUCAAGAUGUCUCUUGGAUCUUUUUUUUUGAUUUGGCUUGGGUUCAAAGGACUUGUCUCUGGAUGGCCGCUGCAAUUCACUUCUCAUUGCUCUCUGGAAUUCUAUGCCCAUAGCUCCUCUACCUCACGUUAGGGUUUCUUUGCUCAGCUUCUGGCUUUAUAAAUUUUAACAGCUUUGUUCCUCAUCAAUUGGUUCGCCACAGCCUCACCUCUGCCAUAGGCUGUACUGAUGAAAUGGGUCAGGGAUGGAGGAUUCUGUUUUAAAUUCCUUGGUAAUAAUUUCCUGCAUUUUGAAAUAAUUUUUACGCGUAAAAAAAAUCGACUUAUAUCCCAUUUAUUAGUUUGGACUUCUCAACCAAGCCAAUUUGGGCCAGAUUGCCAUGGUCUGUAUGAAUCUGCACGAGUUGUGUAUGAUUGACGAUGACUGAAUUGACCUGAUGUCAGCAGAUUUUAGGGAUAUCGGGUGGCUUUUUCCCACUGAUCUGAUCCAAUCUUAUUUAGAGUGGCUCUUUCGUGCUGUCAUGGAAGAAAGAAUAUCGAACUUCAGCUCGCUGAUGAAGAGCAGGUUAAGGAGAAGAGGGAAGGAAGGAUAGGAGGCAGAACGAUGGAAGAAAAGAGAGAAAAAAACUCGCCAGUCACUUUUUGGCUUCUGCUGGUUUUCUGCCCGACACCCGAGGCUUUGUCUACUUCCAGUUUUGGGGUAUGAAGAAUUGGAUUCGGGGAUCUCUACACUCUUAAUCAAUAUUUUACGAAAGUCUUUUCUGAUGAUGGAUGGCAUACCAUACAGUGGCAAAUCAUUCUCUUUUUAGUGCAUUACAUCAUUGUUUUGUGUCGGUUUCCUAGUUAUUUAGAUAGUUUCCUUGUUUUGUGGCCCUGAUACUUGUACAUAACAGUCAUCUAUGCUGUAAAUGCGAGGAGUUUUUCCUACAUAUCCUCUUAUGAUUUGCGCCACUGCUGUCAAUAUGGUAUCAGAGCCAGGUUUUAGUCGCUGGCUUCCAGACAAUUUGGGGUUUUCUUCCUUCCUUCUGUUGUAGCCUAGGGUUUAGUCAAGGGUUACUCGGUUUAUGACAACAAUGAGGAUCUCGUCGUUCUGAGAGUUCGACCACAAGGGAGAAGAACCGACGACAGAAUCAAAGGCAGAGGAUGGGUAGUGCCACAUGAACGCCUGAUUCAUACCUUUUUUCUUCUCUUCUUUUUCAUUGGAUGCAAGAUAACAGCUUAGGGUUGCCAUUGAUUGUGUUGUCAGCAAUUACAGCAGGCUGAUAUUCCUUAUUCUUGUUUGCACUAUCCUUUUUUGAUCAUUGAUCUUCAUUGUCAUCCUUUCAGCCGUGAUUGCUGAUAACAUAAUCAAUGACAACCUUAGGCUGCUCUCCCACAUCCAACACAAAAGAGGAGAAGAAAAAAGAAACGAAUCAGGCAUUCAUAUGGCAAUACCUGUCCUCUGCCUUUGAUUCUGUCAUCAAUUCUUCUCUCCUGUGGUUGAGAACUGAGAAUGAUGAGAUCCUCCUGGUUGUCGUGAGCUUAGAAACCCUCAACUAAACCAUAGGCUAUGAUAGGAAACAAGUACUAGGGCCACAAAACCCUUGACUAAACUCGUUUUCGCAUCAUGGGUGACUCUUAUAUAUAAGUACCAGGGCCACAAAACAAGGAUACCUAACAACUAGGAAACUGAUAAACUAGGGAACGAACCAACAAAUUGGGAAAGAACCGAGCUCCUAAUUAUACUUUCUUUCCCAAAUAUGUCUAAACCUUUUAUGGUUGUAUGUUCUCAACUCCAAGCCUUAACUUCUACAGACUGCAUUGAAUUAAUAGUAAAUUCUCUUUUACCCAAUGUCUUGUUAGUGUCUCGUCGACCAAUGGCAGUUGUGGAUGUUUUCCCUCCAACCCAAGAACUGAAAAACUUGUGCAACAAUAAACGAAAUUAAUGCUGCAGGUUUCGUAACCCAAUGCCAAUUUCCUCCACUCAUCAUGAAACACCCCAACACCCCCCCUUCCAACAAAGGUUCUCAACUCCCAUCCUCCUUGACAUAUGGGGCAGAGAGUCUGCUCCCCGUUUCCUAAUUUUAGUCGUUAAUAAAGGGGGUGCCCUACUCACGCCAGCCUACUCUUAAUGCAUUUAGUGGCCCCUUCUGCUCCAUCCAUUGUGGUACCUCGGUUAUCACACUAGUUAAGGAAUAAUUGGUGGGAUCACGUUUGGAGACUUAAUUUUCAGUUUUUAAGAUGUGUAACCAUAACGAAUUCGGUCAGAUGGUCUGGAGCACCAUGAAAAGUUAUUAUUACCAUUUUACAUUUUCCGUGCAAGUUUUAAAUUAUGUACUUCUGCUAGGAUGGCCAGUGUCCCAUAUAUUCAUAGCUUAUUGAGUGCUCCCUAUAGCUUCUUGCAGAGAAAGGCGAGCUUCCAACAAGAUUUGGCUCUGCAACUCUGGGAAUCCUACUCCUGCAGGUUUUCUUAAUUCUCUCGGUUCUCCCUUUACCAUGUGUUUUAAUUGUGCGUAAAAAUGCCUUUGCACGUCUAAUUCAUUGCAUAACCAUGUUUGAAUUUUUCAGGACAUUGCAGUGGUUCCUCUGUUGGUUAUACUUCCAGUGCUCGAGAGUCAGGUAUGCAAAUGAGAUUGCUAUGCUCUGAUCAUUUAGUGUCUAUUUUCUAGAAAGUAAAAUGUGACUUCGUUUACUGUAUUUUCACGUAAUAAAAUCAUCACUUUUUAGUUGAUAAGUGUUAAUGAACUUUAUCAAUCUUUAAUGUUCAAUAUGUGAAUCCGGUUGUAAUUAUAUGUAGCAACGGUUUCCAUGGCGAAAUCUUGCUCUGAUCCCAUCCUGUCCCAGGAAUAUAGCUCACUGAAUCUGAUGCAUGCAUCAAGGAAUUUUGAAAACCAGAAUAUUGAGUAUCAAUUCAUUAUUCUUGGCAAGUGCUUUCUAUUUUCGUCUAAUGUUCCUUGGAAGAGAAAUAAUACCUGCCUCUGGUUCAACUAUGAAUUUAACUUAAAUACUCUAAAAGGGUAUUUAUGAAAGAGAUGAUCUCUCUUUCAUGAGUAUAUUUAAGCGCGCUAAUGAUCUUAGUUCAGAUGUAAACGAAUCAAAAUUUCAAGAACCUGAAGAAUUUUCAGCUUAAUGACAAUAAAAAAUUCAGAGUAGCCUUGCGCACCUAUUCAAAUGUGCAAACUGAAUAUAUUACAAUGACCCUGACUAGAAUCAGAUCAAGCCCCCCCAAAAAAUGCAGAAUCCUUACUAUUUCAAACAAAUGACCCUGUUUCAAAAACUGAAUAUGGUUGCACUGUUUCAAGCUCUCCAAUCCUAAAGAUAUGUAUUCAAGUUGGGGCAUAAUUCUUAUUUUAAUGCUUGUAGGGGGUUUUUAGUCUUUUACCUUAUUGGAGGGGGGUGUAAUAGACAUUAUUCUACUUUAGUGUUAUCUAUAAACUUUAAGAGGGACUAAGUAGACUCUCAGAACUUUGACUGGACACUCUUUCCUCCCUUCUUCUUGAACUGUACUUCCUGCAUGAGUGCAAAAAAAUUGACCCUGUCCGUUCUUCCACAUAAUUGGUUGGCACGCACACAAGAAUUGGCCACUCUCUCACGCACCUGCAUGGAUUGAAAUUAAAACAUAUCAGUGUGGUGCACCAUCAGAAUGAAAGAAGAUGAUGUCCUUUAGUUAUGGUUAUUCAAUAAAUCACUUAGUAGCCUGAAUUACAUACCUAGAGGAAUAAUCAGUUAUCAAAAAUCCAUUCUUUGACCUCCUUCCCUUAACGCACAUCAUAUAUUUCCUUUUAGAGAGUAAGUGCAAACAAAACUUAUGGCAUGAAACUGAAAUUCUUGGUCCGAAGGUUGCGGCUGUCUAUCACUGGUAUUAUGUUCACACAUUUAAUCUGGGAUUUUCAAAGCUUGAUUUAUUGCUGCAAAAAAUCUCUAAAAUGUUGAUUGCUAACCUCAAAUAUAUGCCUUGAGCCUUUUAUGCAUCCUCAUUUUACCCCAUAACUUGUGCGUGGGUAUGAUUCAAAUCAUCUAUAAGCUAGAAAUCACUGAUAGUAUAUUAAAUUUAUUUUUGUGUCGUAACCUUAAUUUAUUUUCUUCCUGCUCUAUUUCUCCUACAUGUAGUUAGCUUGUCGUGCUGCAAUUGUUAGAAAAACUGUGUUCAAUUUACAUUUGCUUGCAGAAUAUUGUGGAGGAAAGCAUUUGGGUGAUGCUAGCUACUGAAAGCUUGAAAGCCUUGGGUGGUCUCGGUUUGCUGUCCCUUGGAGGAAAAUAUCUUCUUAGACGUGUGUUCGAAGUUGGUGCCAAAUCCAGAAUAUAAACAAGCUUGUAGAAAGAAAGUUGUGACCUUCCCUUAAAAGAGUUUUCUGUGUUGACUUUCAAGGAAAUGAAUGCAGGUUGUUGCAGAGUCAAGGAGUUCUGAAGCUUUCGUUGCGUUGUGCCUGCUUACGGUUGCAGGGACUUCACUUAUCACCAAAUUACUAGGAUUCAGUGAUACAGUUGUGUGCUCUAUCUGUCUCGUCAUCUCUUUUCCCCUCAUUUAUUUUUGCUUAGACCACUGAUGAGCUCAACACGUCCGGUAGCUUGGAGCAUUUCUCGCUGGAGCACUUCUUGCUGAAACAAAUUUCCGAACACAAAUUGAAGCAGAUAUCAGGCCCUUCAGAGGCUUGCUACUUGGAUUAUUUUUUGUGACUACUGGAACUUCUAUAGAUGUACAGGUAGUUGUCUGAUUUCAACUUGAAUAUUCAUUUGUGCAAACUCGAUUUAAACCAGUUGGAUCCAAGAGAUUUUUGGUACUAUUUUAUUUAAGAUCUAUGACUCGAUAUACGUGUUUAUGCAUAUUUUGAGGGGCUGAAUUUCAUUUAUGGAAUACUUUCUUGUUACUCUACUAUUUUCUUCCACUAGAUAGCUCAUCCUCCACUAAAUUUUCUAGCCUGACAACACUUUCCCUUGGAACCUGUUCUUUGUAUCCCUUCUUUUAGCAUCCUAUGAACAAUCCUUUGAUAAGUUAGAAGGUUAUUGUACCGUCCGGCUUUCCCUAUUUUUGUUGUAACAAUGCAAAAUUGAUGAUUAAAUUGAAGCUAACGUCAAAGAUAGGUGUGCCCGAAAAAGGCAACAUUUUUUAGUUUUCGUUGAUUAUGGAUCUUUUUAUAUGUUUUUUGGUUUUGGCACGUUCAGCAUCGUCUGUACUCUGUGCGCAUUUAAAAUUGUUGUUAUGCUCGUUGGCUGCCAGAAAAUAUUCACAUACAUGAGACAUUGGCUGAAGAACAGGAAAAUGCUUUUACUCUUCAGCUAUUUUUCUUAUUCUUCAUUGCGACUAGUAGACUACUGAUAUGGCUCGGUUUAGGCUAAAUUUGAUGCUAGGAAUUAUCAUAAUGCCUUACAAUCCAUACGAGAUUUCAUGAUGGACUAAAGAAUGGGAUUUUUUAGUUCAUGAAUCAAUCUACAUUCUGUUGAUGUCACGUGUACACAAAAGAAUCGUCAGUUGUUUCCCUCUUCCGCUCAUCAAACACGUGCAGAUAGUGUAUCUGCAGACAAACUAACCCAAGAUUUAUAUUUUGUGUUCCAACAUUUAUACUCGUAGGUUUGUAGCCUGACUCUGGCAAAUCAUUGCAAGAUUUUUGUUUUUGUCUGCAUAGUUUGUGAUUAUGUUUCUCUCCUUGAUAAAUAUUAUCUUUCCUGGUUUGCAGCUCCUUCUCCGAGAGUGGCCAAACGUACUUUCCCUAUUGGGAGGUCUCAUUGUUAUAAAGACGCUGAUAAUAACUGCAAUUGGUCCACGUGUUGGAUUGACACUUCAAGAGAGUGUGCGCAUAGGAUUGCUUCUUUCUCAGGGAGGUGAAUUCGGAUUUGUAGUUUUCUCAUUAGCGAACAGGUAAGUAAAUUUUGAUUUCCUUUUCACGUGGGUUUGAUGGUUGAAAUCCUGUAGUAUAUCUGUGGUAAAAAUUGACCCUUUUGAAAUUCAGGCUAGGAGUACUGCCUCUUGAGUUGAACAAAUUGCUUAUAAUUGUUGUCGUGUUGUCAAUGGCACUAACUCCCUUACUGAAUGAAGUUGGAAAGAAGGCUGCUGAAGCUAUUGAUCUGAAAUUUGGGGUGAAAGAGGCAAGAUGCCAAGUUAGAGUAGUCUUUUAAUUGAUUUCAGAUAAAUCUUGCAUAAUCUAGAGCUGAUUUUAUGUGCGUUUUUACAGAAAGAUUUUGACAUGAACUACGAUGCGAGGGAACCUGUUGUGAUCCUCGGGUUUGGACAGAUGGGUCAGGUAUUUCAGUUUGCGUAUAACAUUUCCUUAUUCAUGACCGGCUGAUCUAGAAAGCAGGCCGGCCCGUGAAUCUCAGAUGUACUGCUCAUAGGGCAGGAGAUUGGCUCACCCUUGAUUGACAUCAGCAUGACAGUCAUUUGACCUUCGCUGUUAUUGAUGUUCGUUUUUUGAAUGAUCCUUCAUGGCCCAGGAAAGAUGAUGAAUUCGGGAUUCUAUAUAGUGGUUUCGAAAGUGGAUGUGCUGUGCAUCUUUUACAUCUCGAGCUUGUGCACUUACAGGUUCUUGCAAACUUCUUAUCAACUCCACUAGCUUCUGGCCUAGAUGGUGACGCAAUGGGGUGGCCCUAUGUUGCAUUUGACCUGAAUCCUGGGGUAGUAAAGGUACGACAGAGGUUUAUUCUAUGAACUCCUGCAUGGACCGCUGUAGGUCAGGAAAUAUAAAUGGUUUUUCAUGUGCAAGCAGGCAUCUAGGAAACUAGGCUUUCCCGUUCUCUAUGGAGACGGAUCACGGCCAGUUGUUCUCCAGUCUGCCGGCAUUUCUUCACCCAAAGCUGUGAUGGUAAUGUACACUGGGAAAGAGAGGACCACUGAGGCUGUCCAAAGGAUUCGGCUUGCUUUUCCUGCGGUAAUUACUGUCGUAGCCGUUAAUCUUCUAAACUAUGCUGCUGUGCUCAGUUUUUCCCUGCUCGUGCUCUUUAUGCGCGUUCUAUGAUCUCCAGAAUUGCCAAUGGUAUGACAGUGUUUCCUAGCUCACAUGCUUGGGCUUGCUCGUGGAGAGAUUCCCUAAAGGAGGACUAAGAUAAAGUGCACCUCAUGCAUGCCGUUGAGAUUGUUUAUAAGCGUGAUUUUAUUCUUUUUCCUCUUUAAUCCUUUUGUGACAUGAUGUCUAUUUUGGAAACAUAACGUACAUGCAUAAUUAAUGCGUAAGCCUCCUGGGGACUGGAUCGCAUCAUCACUCUAAUGUACAGGUAGAGGGGGGGGGGCGGGGGGGCUUUGUCCCUAAAACCCUGAAAGGACAACUGAAAGAAAGGGUGAAGGCCAUUUUAAUCCAUUCAAGAAAAGUUUCAUGGCAGUUGGAAGAUCAUCGGCGGUCAGGUGGCAGUCGUUGACUGCACUCAGCAGGUCCUGGUUAUUGGAUACAGAGUGCGCGUUUGAUGUGCACGUUAUCCAAAGAAGCCUGCUUGGUUAAAUAGCCGAGUGGCAGAAUUUUCUUGUCCUAGUGGUGAACGGUAUAUCAGAAUGAUAAAAAGUAGUCCCAAGUUUUUAUAAUGAGGAACUCUUUUCUGCAGAUCCCUGUAUAUGCCAGAGCUCAAGACCUUACACAUCUUUUAGAGCUGAAGAACGCCGGGGCCACAGAUGCUAUUCUGGAAAACGCUGAGGUAAAUUAGAGGGGGUUAACUCGCCUCCUCUUUGGCGCCUUUGAGUUCUGCAAGAUGCAAGCUCUUUCCUUUCUACGAUUGCUAUAGAGGUUCCACUCAUUUCCCAGCCUAGUGACACCUUCUAUAUGCAAUAUCGGAAUGCAGACGAGCUUGCAGCUUGGGUCGAAGCUUCUGAAAGGACUCGGUGUAAUGUCGGACGAUGUUACUUUCUUGAGUCAGCUUGUAAGAGACUCCAUGGAACUCCAAGCACAAGAAGCCAUGAGUAGGAGUGCGAGCCGUGAUUUAGAUGCCAUGACGCCCCUUCAGGUUCUUCCAAGAGCUUUGGCCGCUUAUAUCUGGGAACAACCCAUUAGAAUUGCUUUCAAGUAAUGAAGAUGCACGGCGUUAUGACUAAUGAAACUAUCAUGGCUGAAUAACUGUACCAGGUGAGAGUUGCCGACAUGGUUCAAGCUCGGGAUGUCCUGGCGCCGAUUUCCCCUGGCGACCUACUUUCUCGCGGGGACCCUCCCCUUCCCGCGGUGUCUGCAGAAGGUUCAUCGGCCGACGACCAGGUGCUGACUGGCGAAUCACAGUGCGAAAUGUCGACGCAUCAAUCUGACAGAUUGGAAUACGAGAAGGGUGUCACGUAUUGUGACUUGGAGGCCAAUGAUGUUUCCCCCUCAAGAAGUGAAGAGGGUAUCGAUGGGGGGAACAGUACUGUAGACCCUUCCAUACCUUGUAUAACAGCAAAGGACGGUUUUUAG